UUUUUUUUAAUGAGUGAAUAUACUUUUAUUAAAGGCGUCGUAUUGAACGAAAAUAAUAAACGAUAAAAAUGCGUUCAUCAACUAUAAUUUUAUUUAUCAUAAAUUUUGUCAUAGCCGUUCAAUGUGUUCAUUAUGAACCGAAUUGGAAAUCAUUGGAUGCUCGCCCAUUGCCCAAAUGGUAUGAUCAAGCAAAAAUUGGCGUUUUCAUACAUUUUGGAUUGUUUUCCGUUCCUUCUUAUGUUUCUGAAUGGUUCUGGGAUUUUUGGCGUGAUCCAUCAAGUCCAUAUGUAUGGCAACAUGCACAACUUUUACGGUUCAUGAGAGAUAAUUUCAAGCCAAAUUUCACAUAUGCAGACUUUGGAAACAAUUUUCAGGCAGAAUUCUUUAAUGCUACUCAUUGGGCAGAAGUUAUAAAAAAAUCUGGUGCCAGAUAUACUGUAUUGACUACUAAACAUCAUGAAGGUUUCACCUUAUGGCCAUCUUCAUAUUCAUUCCAAUGGAAUUCAAUGGCUUUAGGUCCUAAACGUGAUAUUGUUGGCGAAUUCAGCGCAGCCAUUCGAAAAAUUGGCAACAUUCAUCUUGGCCUUUAUUAUUCUUUAUUCGAAUGGUUUCAUCCAUUAUAUUUAAGAGAUAUGGAACACAAUUAUACUACACAUGAAUAUGUACGAUUAAAAGCUCGACCGGAAUUGGAAGAAUUAAUUAAUACAUAUUUGCCCGAUCUUUUAUGGUCAGACGGUGAUGCUGUCUAUAAUGAUACCUAUUGGAAUAGUACUGAUAUUCUUGCAUGGCUUUAUAACGACAGUCCAGUGAAAGAUGUAAUUGUUACAAAUGACCGAUGGGGAACAAAUUGCCAUAAUAAACAUGGUGGUUUUUUUGAUGGUCCUGAUCGCAAUAAUCCAGAUUCAUUACCCAAACAUAAAUGGGAAAGUGCCAUUAGUGUUGAUCAAUUUGCAUGGGGUUAUAGAAGAGAAGCAUCUCUUGAUCAACUAUUAACCAUUGAUGAAUUAAUUCACCAACUUUUAAAAACCAUCAGUUUUGGUGGCAAUUUUCUAGUAAAUGCUGGACCUAGUAAAGAUGGACGAAUAAUGCCCAUUUUUGAAGAACGUUUAUCACAAUUAGGAGAAUGGCUGGAAAUCAAUGGAGACGCAAUCUAUGAAAGUCAAAUAUAUGAAAAAUGUCAAAUAUCAAAGAAUAAUCAAACAUUUUAUACAAUGAAAUCUGAUGCAAUCUAUGGAAUAACACUCGAAUGGCCGCAUGAAGGUAGUCUGGAAUUUGAAUGUAUUGAUUAUAAUGACGUGGAUCAGGUUACCAUGCUAGGUUCAUCGGAGUCAAUCAAGUUUGGUCCAGGUUCUAAUGGAACAUUGGUAAAAUUUCCAAAAUGGAUCCCAGGUGAUACAUUGAAAUAUGCAUACAGUUUUAAAUUUCAUGUUUGAGUAUAUAAACAAUUUUUUAAUA